CUUUAAUCAAUCGAACGUGUCGAAGUCUAGUGACCAUGUUGAGCUUGUUCGAUUUUGCAUUCCUGGUGGCGGCCCUGGCGGCCGGGUUGUACUACUACCUCGAAAGGAAGCGAUCCUACUGGAAGGAUCGUGGCGUGCCGGGUCCAGAGGCAGAGCUGCUGUUGGGAAAUUUCGGCACAGUCGGCACGAAGGUACACAUUACGGUGCCGAUGAAGAAAAUCUACGAUGAACAUAAAGGAAAGCAUCCGUUUGCUGGUAUCUACCAGUUUAUAAAACCGGUAGCACUGAUCACCGAUCUGGAGCUGUUGAAGUGUGUGUUUGUGAAGGACUUCCAGUACUUCCACGAUCGUGGUACUUUCUAUAACGAGCGUGAUGAUCCACUGUCCGCGCACCUGUUCAAUCUGGAGGGACAAAAGUGGCGCUCGCUGCGCAACAAGCUCUCCCCGACGUUUACGUCCGGCAAGAUGAAGAUGAUGUUCCCAACGAUCGUGACAGCCGGCAAGCAGUUUAAGGACUUUAUGGAGGAGACAGUGAAGCGGGAGAAUGUGUUCGAGCUUAAAGAUUUGCUGGCCCGUUUCACGACGGAUGUGAUCGGGAUGUGUGCGUUCGGUAUCGAGUGUAACAGUAUGCGCAACCCGGAUGCGGAGUUCCGUGCGAUGGGAAGGAAGAUCUUCGAGAUCUCUCCAGGUACCUUCAAGACAAUGCUAAUGAAUGGAAUGCCGUCCCUGGCGAAGAUGCUGCGCAUGAAGCAAACCGACACGGAUGUGUCGGACUUCUUUAUGAACGCCGUACGGGACACGAUCAACUACCGAGUUACGAACAAGGUGAAGCGCAACGAUUUCGUGGACCUGCUAAUCACGAUGAUGAACAAGGACGAAUCGAAGUCUGACGAUGAGUCGCUGACGUUCAACGAAAUUGCUGCCCAAGCGUUUGUGUUCUUCCUGGCCGGAUUUGAAACGUCGUCUACGUUGCUCACUUGGACGCUGUACGAGUUGGCGCUGAGCCCUGAAAUACAGGAGAAGGGUCGUCAGUGCGUAAGGGAAGUGCUGAAGAAACACAACGGCGAAAUGUCCUACGAUGCUGUCGUCGAUAUGAAGUACCUUGAUCAGAUCCUCAAUGAAUCGCUUCGCAAAUACCCACCGGUUCCCGUUCACUUCCGCGUUGCAUCCAAAGACUAUCAGGUGCCCGGUACUAAGACAGUACUGGAAGCCGGUACAGCUGUCAUGGUUCCCGUGCACGCCAUUCAUCACGACCCGGCCGUAUUUCCCGAACCAGAACGGUACGAUCCGGAGCGUUUCAGCCCGGAACAAGAAGCUAAACGGCAUCCAUACGCCUGGACACCAUUCGGGGAAGGACCGAGGAUAUGUGUGGGGUUACGUUUCGGCAUGAUGCAGGCUCGUAUUGGGCUGGCGUACCUGCUGGAUGGGUUCCAGUUCGCGGCGAGCUCGAAAACUGUCAUACCGAUGGAGCUUUCUAAGGAGAGCUUCAUUAUGGCACCGAAGGGAGGACUGUGGCUGAAGGUGGAUAAGAUAUAA